CUGUAUUAAAUUAGAGCUCGUGGGGGUGACUGUGAGAGGGGAACAAGAGCAACAGAGAGUUCAGGGGUCUGAGAUCGAGCAGCUGGAGCGGGGGACAUACAAGAAAAAGCCCUUGGAAAAAUUGUAUUUGUAUUCUCAUCCAACAAAUCGACUUGAUUCAUUCGGAAAUGUUACUUGUGCUGGUCUUGGCGUUUUUCGUUCCUGUAACGAACAGCAAAAAAACUUAUGGUGACAUGUUCCCUCACAAACACAAACUCCCUUUUCCAUUCCCAAUCCCUGGAUGGGAACCGGACACGAACCCUUGGAACGAAUCUCUGUAUCCCUCCUUCAAACAACAGCUGAAUCGCAGACAUGACAAACCACCGAGGGUGCUCCUUACCAGCGACAGUCCUGCAAUGAACGGCUCGUGCAUCUCGUUCACUGCAGCUCUGGAGUUUCCACCGUGUCAGAAGGAGGACAGCAGCGGCAACCUGGUGUAUGAUGAGCACUGUGGGGACGGUAUGAUGGAGGCCUCAGCCAAUGGACAUGUGCGCUCAGGAUACGUGUUUAACUGGACAUCCUGGUUGGAUGACUAUGGCUUUGGGAAGUGUACAGAUCUGAAGAGGUGCAAUGUUUUCCCUGAUGGAAAGCCUUUUCCUCAGACCAAUGACUGGAGACGUAGAGGUUAUGUGUAUGUGUGGCACACCAUGGGCCAGUAUUUUGAGACAUGUGAUGGCUCCUCCUCCCAUCUGACCCUGAACACCACAAACAUGACAUUUGGAGCAGGUGUGAUGGAGGUCAUGGUGUACCGUAAACAGGAGCGCAGGAAGUACAGCCCACUCUCUACAGACAGUACCGUAUUCUUCAUAACAGAUAAGAUACCGCUCUCUGUGAAUAUUUCCCAGAAGCAUGCAGCCAGCAUAACUGACAAAAAAGUCUUUGUCAGAGGGUCAAAUGUGAUUUUCAACGUCCAGAUCCAUGACCCAAGUAACUAUCUGAAGACAGCUGAUGCAGUGGACUUCAUUUGGGACUUUCGGGAUGGCAACCAGUUGGUCACCCACAGAAAUAUUGCAACCCAUGUGUACAACAUGCUUGGAAAUGUUACAGUCAAGCUCCUCGUGGAGGCAUCAUUCCAUGUGCCCUGCCCACCACCGACUCCAACACCAAUGCACUUUACUCAGGCUCAUACGACAGAAAUGCCUACGCUACCACCUGGCACUCAUGCAUUCACUAGCAAACUAGAGACCACUAAGGCUCCUGUCAUCACCAAUCCUUCACCAACGACCACUCAUCAAGUCUCUACAACCGCUGCCCCAACAACUGAACCACUCCGAACUGAUUCAGAGGUGACGUCUAUUACAGCAACCGCUGUACCCGAAGCCAGUUCAACCUAUAACCAGCCCACCUCACCGCCGAUGAUCAGAAAAACACACUUCAAGGAGUCAGACUGUUUCCGCCAUAUGUAUGGCUCCUUUGAAGGCGAGAUCAACAUCAUUGAUCCUCCGCCAGCUCUGCAGAACCAGCCAGACAAUCAGAUUUUAAAGGUGUCGGCUGACAAAGUGUCCAACACAUCUGUAAACUUCAUGGUGUCGUGCUCGGGCAGUGCUCCCUCAGUGGCCUGCACCAUAGUGACCAACUCCUCCUGUCGGGAGGUCAAGAAUAUCGUCUGUGAGGACGUGGCUCCUUACGGCGAAGGAUGCAAGAUCAGUUUGACGCGCAUUUUCCAAACGCCGGGCAACUACUGUGUUAACAUCACAUUGGGUCUGCCUGGAGGCUUGGCUCUUGCAACCGCUACCUCAGUUAAAAUUGGCAACAGCCCUGACACAAACUCUCCUAAAUCCUCCCAUGUUACUGAGGUGGUUCUGUCUUCCAGUGCUGUGCUUAUUUCCAUCAUUGUUUUCAUUGUCAUCAUGGUUUACAAGCGAUAUAAGGCAUAUCGUCCAGUGAGAGGCUCGGUGUUGGAUGACGCUGAGAGAAAUGCUGGUAACUGGAGUUUAAGAAAACUAAGAGCAACUCUGUUCUCUGCUGAUGAGGAGAGAAGCCAUUUAUUGACAGAGAGGCCUCUAUAGACUGAUCUGGGAUUCUGCAGCAAUCAGUUGCUAUUUAUUUUAUAUUAAUUUGGCUGUAGUUUAUCUGAGACAAUAACAGAAGUGAUCUAAUAGAUUAGAUAACAUUGGUAUCUUCUCAUCAGUUUAGCUAGAAUAAGUAAUCAUAACAUUUUAGUUAUAGCACGUGCAAGAUUUAAAGAUUUUUAAUGGAAGAUUUGGCAUGAAUGAGCCCAGAUAUGACAGAUUUACAGAGGUUUCCAUCAUCUAAAUGACUAAAACAUCUACUAACUGACCAAAUGUGUCCCAUGCAUAAGUGAUCACAGUUUGUUUUUGUUUUUUUUAACCAAAAUAUAAGUUGGGAUUUAAGGCUGAAAAUUAUUGCUUUUGCACAUUUUUCUGAUGAUGCUUUUGGCAUUUAAUCUGACAGGUUUAUAUGGAAUGUUGCUUAUAAUUUGCAGACAGGAUUAGAAAAUCUAAAGUAAGUUGAUGUACGUUUUGUAAUGUUCUGAAAAGUUAUACAUUGUUUUGAACAUGGUUAAACAUUUUAAAUGUCUGGGACCUGAAUUCUAUGCUUUUUUUUUUUUUAAAAAGAGAGACUAUGUCACGAGACUUAUGAAAUGUCGUUUCAUAAGAAAACACUUUACUAACAAGUUCCUUUUAUAAAGCAUUAAUUGAAAAUUGGUAAAUCUUUUACCGAACACAUAUACAAAUGCAAGGCAUAUGCUUAUUUAAAAUUAACAUUCAACAGGAAUUUUCACAAAUAUGAAUCUCCUAUUAAUGAUAAUAAAUGUAUCCACUUCUGUAAGUAAUAUACAAAAAUAUUCUAAUAAAAUGUCUAAAUCACUUGCUAAUGA